AUCUGAUACCAGGACACCUUGGAUGAUUCUCAGGCUGUGGAGAGCGCGCUUCAGCAGAGCAGCUAAUCUGAAACUCCCUGCUGCUUUCUGCAGUAGUCCCAGAUGUGUAAGACUCCAGGGCCUUCAAGCUGUGCUUAAUCAGAUGGUUCCUGCAAUGGCUGGGAAAGCAGACACUUUGCGUGCCAGUUGGAGGAUGUCUGUGUAUAUUUAAAACCUUUCUAUGCACACACACGAGAAGAUAGGCUCAUUCUGGUACACACUUGAAGUAUUUUACAACUGAUGAAAAUUAAUUUAAGAAUCAGAUGGAGCAACUUGACACCACUGGGCUCAGGAGCCCAGGGAGAAAAAGACAUCACUAAUGGCCAAUUUUCCAUAUGGUCUUCACGGGUAAAGAAAGUUUGCAAAAAGAAGAAAAAAAAAAACUUGCACAGAUCAAGCUUCAAAAAUACCUCGCCAGUUUAAAGAAGGAGCUGAGUGAGAUGGUGACUGAGGGAGAAGUGUAAUUUCAAGCAUUGCAGGUGGAAUCAGGCAGUGUUUUUUGCACUUUAUUUUUCAGUGGAUUUGGUUAUUUGGACAGACUUUAAAAUUCUGGACUGACAAGUAACUCUUACUGUGAGGUUGAGACUGGAAGAAAGCCAGUUGAGAUUUGACGGGACAAGUUUGAACAAUAAACUGGGUUCCUUUGCCUUUUUCAGUUGACUGUACUCGAGAAAUUUUAAUUUAUUAUUUCCCUUUCCUUUUCUCUAUCUAUAGGAUAAUAUCUUAGGUAGCAAUUGAAACUGAUAAUUACAAAAUAAAUAUCAAGGAACAACAAAGCUUCUUUUCCUUGGACUGAGUGUACAUGUGGCAUUUGGAAACAUUCUCUGAAUGUGAACAGGAAAGGGCCCAUCGGCAAAACGUGGUCACUUUUUAGGGAAACAGUGAGGAAGAACCGACCCUUGCCUGUGUUUCAUUUUAAGGGGGUCUCUUUUCUGUUGAGUUCAAGAAGACUUGCAUAUAAAAGAGGAGGAUUAUUUGAUAGACUUACUUCUGAGUGGCUUUUUUCCCUCAAGAUGAAAACACAUGUGAUUUUUAGGAGCAGAAAGGGGAGAAGUUAGACUGGGGGAGGGAGGAAGAGACGAGCAAGAGACGAAAUCCUGCAGCAACACUUUGUUUUGUCAACAAGAGGAUUGAGGAUUCACCUGAGGCAAACAGUUGGACUGUAUUCAGGGCUUACAACAUCUGGCUCUGCAGAGUGAAGGGGCUUUCUCUCUACACCUCUAUGGCACUGAGGGCUGCAUGGGCCUGUGGAUGGACAGUCAGAUAGAGCCCAGCUCUCCCUGGGGACACAGUGACCUGCCAGGAAACCGGGUUGGGUUCUGAGGUGGAACGUUUUGAGUUCUGAAUAGUGGGAAAGAGUCUUCUUUUCCCCUUAAACUUGGAUUGCUGUCUGCAUAAACUCUGGUCAUUUUGCACAGUGUGUGUGCCUUUUUUUCUCUUUAUGCAAUCUUUUUCAGCUUUAGCAGCAGAAAUUUGUCUAGUUGAGAAAACACUCCAGAGGGUGGCUUCAGAAAGAGGAUGAUCCCCUGUGUCCUGUCUCUGCGUCUGAACUUUUGAAGAGAAGAUUCCAACUCGAGGGAUUCUUAAAGCCUUAAGUUACUUGAAAUCUAUGUAUCUGCAACCCUUGGUCUCUGGAAUCAUAUUACACUAAACUGGAAUCUCAGGCUGAAUCAGAAUAACCAAGUUGAGUAAAAAGAAGAAAACUCAGUUUCUUGAUCACCACAUAUUAAUGACGCUCUUUUUCCAAAGGGUCAGCCCACUCCUCCUCUAAGGACUUGAAAAUAAAAUGGACCCCACAUUUUUUUAAGCAUUAUCUUUUCUUAGCAGACUGCCAUCAUCUUUUAUAGAGGAAUUUUUUCACUAUGCAUUUGAUGGAUCUUUAUAAAAUUCUGACCUUCUAAUUAGAUCCAGGUCAGUCUUAAUUAAAAGGGGUCAGGGAAAACAACAUAAGCCAACCACAGAAAUAGAAUAAAUCAAUGAAAGGAAUUGGUUUAAAUUUUUCAGCAUUCAGCAUUACUUUUUAAGUAAAAUAAUUAACUGAAAAAAAGUAUGUAUGCAGCAGUGGAACAGGGGCCUGUCCUUUGCAGCGACUCCAACAUCCUCUGUCUGUCCUGGAAGGGACGCGUCCCCAAGAGCGAGAAAGAGAAGCCUGUGUGCAGGAGGCGCUACUAUGAGGAAGGCUGGCUGGCCACGGGCAAUGGCAGGGGUGUUGUGGGCGUGACCUUCACCUCGAGCCACUGCCGCCGGGACAGGAACACUCCACAGAGAAUUAACUUCAACCUGCGGGGCCACAAUAGCGAGGUGGUGCUGGUGAGGUGGAAUGAGCCAUACCAGAAGCUGGCCACGUGUGACGCAGAUGGAGGGAUAUUUGUGUGGAUUCAGUAUGAAGGAAGGUGGUCUGUGGAGCUGGUCAACGACCGAGGGGCCCAGGUGAGUGAUUUCACGUGGAGCCAUGAUGGGACUCAAGCGCUUAUAUCAUAUCGAGAUGGGUUUGUCCUGGUCGGUUCUGUCAGUGGACAAAGACACUGGUCAUCUGAGAUCAACCUGGAAAGUCAAAUCACAUGUGGCAUAUGGACUCCUGAUGACCAACAGGUACUGUUUGGCACGGCCGACGGGCAGGUGAUCGUCAUGGACUGCCACGGCAGGAUGCUGGCGCACGUCCUCCUGCACGAGUCGGACGGCAUCCUCAGCAUGUCCUGGAACUACCCUGCUUUCCUGGUGGAGGACAGCAGCGAGAGCGACACAGACUCCGACGACUACUCCCCGCCCCAAGAUGGUCCAGCAGCAUAUCCCAUCCCGGUGCAAAACAUCAAGCCACUGCUCACUGUCAGUUUUACUUCGGGGGACAUCAGCUUAAUGAACAAUUACGAUGACUUGUCUCCUACUGUCAUCCGCUCAGGACUGAAAGAGGUGGUGGCCCAGUGGUGCACGCAGGGAGACCUUCUGGCUGUCGCUGGUAUGGAACGGCAAACCCAGCUUGGUGACCUUCCCAACGGCCCUCUCCUGAAGAGUGCCAUGGUCAAGUUCUACAAUGUUCGUGGGGAGCACAUCUUCACACUGGACACACUUGUGCAACGCCCCAUCAUCUCCAUCUGCUGGGGCCACCGGGACUCCAGGCUGCUGAUGGCGUCAGGACCAGCCCUGUACGUGGUACGUGUGGAGCACCGGGUGUCCAGCCUGCAGCUGCUGUGCCAGCAGGCCAUCGCCAGCGCCCUUCGAGAAGAUAAGGAUGUCAGCAAGCUGACCCUGCCCCCCCGCCUCUGCUCCUACCUCUCCACUGCCUUCAUUCCCACCAUCAAGCCCCCAAUUCCAGACCCUAACAACAUGCGAGACUUUGUCAGCUACCCCUCAGCCGGCAACGAGCGUCUGCACUGCACCAUGAAGCGCACGGAAGAUGACCCAGAAGUGGGUGGCCCGUGCUACACGCUCUACCUGGAGUACCUGGGCGGGCUCGUGCCCAUCCUCAAGGGGCGGCGCAUCAGCAAGCUGCGGCCGGAGUUUGUCAUCAUGGACCCCCGGACAGAUGGCAAAUCAGACGAAAUCUAUGGGAACAGCUUGAUCUCUACCGUGAUUGACAGCUGCAACUGCUCGGACUCCAGUGACAUCGAACUGAGUGAUGACUGGGCUGCCAAGAAAUCUCCCAAAAUCUCCCAAGCGAGCAAAUCACCCAAACUCCCAAGGAUCAACAUCGAGGCUCGGAAGUCUCCCAAGCUGUCCCGGGCUGCUCAGGAGAUGUCCAGGUCCCCUCGGUUGCCGAUGCGCAAGCCCUCCAUUGGCUCACCCAGCCUGACACGGAGAGAGUUUCCCUUUGAAGACAUCACGCAGCACAACUAUCUUGCUCAGGUCACGUCUAAUAUCUGGGGAACCAAAUUUAAGAUUGUGGGCUUGGCUGCUUUCCUGCCAACCAAUCUUGGUGCAGUAAUCUAUAAAACCAGCCUCCUGCAUCUCCAGCCGCGGCAAAUGACCAUCUAUCUCCCAGAGGUUCGGAAGAUUUCCAUGGACUAUGUGAAUUUACCUGUCUUCAACCCAAAUGUGUUCAGUGAAGAUGAAGAUGAUUUACCAGUGACAGGAGCAUCUGGCGUGCCAGAGAACAACCCGCCUUGUACCGUGAACAUCCCGAUCGCACCCAUCCACAGCUCAGCGCAAGCAAUGUCCCCUACACAGAGCAUCGGGCUGGUGCAGUCCCUGCUGGCCAAUCAGAACGUGCAGCUGGACGUCCUGACCAAUCAGACCACGGUCGCGGGGGCAGCUGAGCAUGCAAGUGAGAAUGCCACCCAGUACCCGGUUUCCAACCGCUACUCCAACCCUGGACAGGUGAUCUUCGGGGGCGUCGAGAUGGGCCGUCACAUCCCGAACCCCCCGCAGCUGUCUCUGCCCCCACCCACACAGGGGGCGGCCCAGCUGUCGGUGGUGGAGCACGGAGACCGUGAGCAUGAGCACCUGCAGAAGCCUGCCAAGGCGCUGCGGCCUGCACCACCACUGGCUGUUGAGGGGGACGCCGUGGUAUUUGGCGCCUCACAGGAGAUCCAGGUGGCAAAGUUGAACCCCCCACCCCCCUACCCAGGAACCAUCCCCGCUGCCCCCACCACUGCCGCGCCCCCGCCCCCGCAGCCCCCUGUCGAUGUGUGCUUGAAGAAGGGCGACUUCUCGCUGUACCCCACGGCAGUGCAUUAUCAGCCUCCCCUGGGCUACGAAAGGAUCACCACCUUCGAUAGCAGUGGUAACGUGGAGGAGGUGUGCCGGCCUCGGACGCGGAUGCUCUGUUCGCAGAACACUUACACCCUCCCUGGCCCAGGCAGCUCGGCCACCCUGAGGCUCACUGCCACCGAGAAGAAGGUGUCCCAGCCCUGCACCAGUGCGACCUUGAACCGCCUGACGGUUCCGCGCUACUCCAUUCCUACCGGAGACCCGCCCCCCUAUCCCGACCUGGCCGGCCCGCUGGCCUCCUGCCGGGUUGCGGCGCAGCGGCUGGACGGCGGCCUCAUCCAUGCCACGCUGCGCAGGAAUAACCGCGAGGCGGUGCUCAAGGCUGCAGCACCUGCUGAGCCCCCGCGGCCCCCGCCCCAGCACCAGCCUUUGCAGCACCCAGCCAAGCCCAAGGGCGCAGCUCAGUUCCCUGCGCGACCCCCGGCAGCCCUCUACACCUGCAGUCAGUGCAGUGGUGGGGGUGCAGCUGGGCGGCCCGAGCCAGGCACUGGUGGUGCACAGGCGGCCGCCACCUCCCCGCUGGCAUCACAGUCCUCCUACAGUCUCCUGAGCCCGCCUGAUGGCGCCCGAGAGCGCACGGACUACGUCAACUCAGCCUUCACUGAAGAUGAGGCGUUGGCCCAGCACUGUCCGGUGGAGAAGCCCCUGAGGCACCCCACACUGCCUGAAGCUGCUGUGGCUGUGAAACGGCCACCCCCUUACCAGUGGGACCCUGUGCUGGGGGAGGACAUUUGGGUGCCUCAGGAGAGGACAGCACAGACUGGAGUGCCCAACCCCCUGAAACUGCCCCCUUUGGUCGUAGGUCAGAGCCAGCACCUUGACGUGUCCCGAGUGCCCUUUGUCUCCCCCAAGUCUCCCACCAGCCCUACUGCCACUUUCCAGACAGGCUAUGGGAUGGGAGUGCCGUAUCCAGGAAGCUAUAACAACCCCCCUUUGCCAGGAGUGCAGGCUCCCUGCUCCCCAAAAGAUACCUUGUCCCCAACACAGUUUGCACAGCAGGAGCCCACUGUGGUUCUACAGCCAGCCUACCCUCCCAGCCUGUCCUACUGCACCUUGCCCCCCAUGUAUCCCGGAAGCAGCACAUGCUCGAGUUUACAGCUGCCAUCCAUCGCCUUGCACCCCUGGAAUUCCUACAGCACGUGCCCGCCCAUGCAGAACCCCCAGGGCACUCUCCCCCCCAAGGCACACUUGGUGGUGGAGAAGCCUCUCGUGUCCCCACCACCACCUGCCGACCUCCAAAGCCACCUGGGCACAGAGGUGAUGGUAGAGACCUCAGACAACUUCCAGGAGGUCCUUUCUCUGACAGAAAGCCCAGUCUCCCAGCGGACAGAGAAGUUUGGAAAGAAGAAUCGGAAGCGCCUGGAUAGCCGAGCAGAGGAAGGAAAUGUUCAGGCCAUCACCGAGGGCAAAGUGAAGAAGGAAGCACGGACUUUGAGUGACUUUAAUUCCCUGAUCUCUAGCCCCCGCCUGGGGAGAGAGAAGAAGAAAGUGAAGAGUCAGAAAGACCAGAUGAAGUCGAAGAAGUUGAAUAAGACGAACGAGUUCCAGGACAGCUCAGAGAGUGAGCCAGAGCUGUUUAUCAGCGGGGAUGAGCUGAUGAACCAGAGCCAAGGCAGCAAGAAGGGCUGGAAGAGCAAGAGAAGCCUGAGGACAGCCAGCGAACUGGAGGAGUUCAAGUGCCGGAAAGCCAGCGAGAGGGAGGACGGGCGGCUGGGCAGCCAGGGCUUCGUGUAUGUCAUGGCCAACAAGCAGCCUCUCUGGAAUGAGGCCACCCAGGUGUACCAGCUGGACUUCGGGGGGCGCGUGACCCAGGAGUCGGCCAAGAAUUUCCAGAUCGAGCUGGAGGGGCGGCAGGUGAUGCAGUUUGGAAGGAUUGACGGCAAUGCAUACAUUCUGGACUUCCAGUACCCCUUCUCAGCUGUGCAGGCCUUUGCAGUCGCCCUGGCCAAUGUGACUCAGCGCCUCAAAUGAAGAGACUGGCUUGGAGAGCAGAAAGAGACAAAGGAGCCUUUUCAGAGAGAUCUGAUCACAGAUGCUAGAGGAGCCCACAUAGGGCCUUGGGUGCCUGGGGACCAGAAGACGAGCAAACUGGAAAAGUCUGUCAGGCCCAGGAGAGGGCACUGACCUUUAGUGUUGUUUGUUUGGGCUUUUAUUAUUUUUUAUUAUCUUUCUUUUUUCUUUUUAAUCAAACAAAACAGAAUAUAGGAGAGAGGUAUUUGGAAGCAAAGGUGGC